AUUUUUUUUUACCAAACCUCAUCUUCAAGAUCACUCUUACUCCAUUCCUCUUUGAUGGAACAGCUUCAACCUGCUUCCAGUCUAUAAAUCUCACUUUCUUCCCAUCUGAUUAUCUUGAACAAACAGGAUAUCCCCCUUUCUUCUUUCCAUCAUGUUGACCAACUCUCUGGUUUACCCCAUCAAAGUUCCUAAAUUCCUACUCUACCUCUGUCUCUCCUUUCCUCAUCUUUUUCCACCAAAAAUAAAGAUCCAAUUUCCUCUGGUAUCCCAUAGACCUAAAGGACCAAUGGGAGUUGAUCAGAUAAAGAGCAUCUGUUUGUUUGGUUUUCAUUAUUGAUUUGGCUUUUGUUUUCUCAGAUGUCCUUCAUGAGACAAUUCUUCUAAUUCAACAGAAGUACUGCCCCCUUGUGGUAAAUUUAUUUUUUAUUUUUUAUUCUAUAUAGUCCACAGUACUGAUGUCGAUAAAAUACUGGUACUUAAAUUAUGCUUUCCAUUUUUAAUAAACAAUAGUCCAUAUUUUUAUUAGUUAAUAAAAUCGAACUUUAAUGAAAAGAAAAAUACAAAAAAAAACUAAAAAGAAAGAAAAGAAAAAUACAAAAAAAAUGUUCUUCGCUGUUUUACCACAGGGUGUCGCUGUUUACUUCGAAAGCCACUCAAUCGCAUUUUCUCGUUGUUUCCUUGUCAGGUCAAAGUUCACUGGAUGCGGAAUUGGCUUGCCACGGCUUUUCUCAUUGAAAUAGUUGUAUGGAAUAUGUUUUCUGUUUGACUCUACAGCGCCUGGCUCUUCUCGGAGCAACAGGGAGUUUUAUUUAAUCUAUCAACACUCCAAUAUUUGGCGGCUUGUUUUUAAAAACAUCCGUAGUUAGCCAACUGUUAUGUAAUACAGUGGGCAGCUGCUGCACUGGAGGGGAGAAAAAGGCAACAGUGGAGCUAUCUAAGCUAACUAGCCGGUUCCCCGCCACCCAAACCAACGACAUCUGUGUGGAUGAGUCAACCCGCUUAGCUUGAAAACCUCUGAUUUCGAGUCCUCACAGCGAGUUUGUGACCGCAGUCUCUCUCGACAAUGACCACCAUCGUCCAUGACACCACAGAGGCAGUCUGCUUGUCUGCUGAGUACAACUUGUACCUCAAGCCAAUAGCUAAAAUGACCAUCAGCGUGGCUCUACCCCAACUCAAGCUGCCGGGCAAGAGCAUCUCCAACUGGGAGGUGAUGGAGAGGGUGAAGGGUAUGGUUGCUCCUGAGCAGUUCUCAGCCCUCAGAAUCUCCAAGAGCACCAUGGACUUCAUCCGCUUUGAGGGCGAGGUGGAGAACAAGACGGUGGUCAAAGGUCUGCUAAGCCGUCUGGAUGGAAAGACCAUUAAACUUAGUGGAUUCACUGAUGUACUCAAGGUUCGGGCAGUAGAAAAUAAAGUGGACUUCCCCACACGCCAUGACUGGGACUCCUUUUUCCGUGACGCGAAGGACAUGAAUGAGACUCUGCCUGGAGAGAGGCCAGACACCAUCCACCUGGAAGGCCUUCCCUGCCGCUGGUUCAGUCAGAAAGACAGCCAGUUCCCAGACAGACCCUCUGAAGAAGUCCUUAUAGCUGUUUUCCAGACAUUUGGAAAGGUGCGGAAUGUUGACAUCCCCAUGCUGGACCCUUACAGGGAGGAGAUGAUGGACAAAAACUUCAGUACCUUCAGCUUCGGGGGUCACCUAAACUUUGAAGCUUUUGUCCAGUAUCAGGAAUACGGUUUCUUCACCAAAGCCAUGGAUACGCUCCGUGGCAUGAAGCUCAUGCUGAAAGGAGAGGAUGGAAAGGCCGUGGCGUGCAACAUCAAGGUGACGUUCGACACCAGCAAACACCUUAGUGACGUGGCCAUUAAGAAGAGGAACCUGGAGCGGCUGAAGCUGCAGGAGCUGGAGAAGCAGAGAGAGGAGCAGAAACGACGAGAGAAAGAAGAGGAGGAGAGGCGGAAGGAGGAAGAGAGGAAACAGAAAAGGAUGGAAGAGGAGGAGAAGGAGAGAAAAAGAGAGGAGAGGAUAAGGAAGCGGGAGCAAAAGCUGCGGGAGAAGGAGGAGAGGAGGAAUCUGAAGAAGGUCCGGCGGCAGCAAGAGGAGGAGCAGAAGAAGCUGCAGAUGAAGAUCGCCAUGGAGGAGAGGAGGCUGCUGCUGGCUCAGCGCAACCUGGAAUCGCUACGGCUCGUCGCCGAGCUGCUGGCCAGAGCCAAGACUGUCAAGCAGCACCAGCAGGAGAAAGAGAAGGCUGAACGAGAGAAGCAAGAGCGUCAAGAGCAAGCCCGACAAAAGGAGGAACUGGCCCGUCUUCAGCAGCUGGAAGCCUGUCGGCGCCGGCAGGAGGAGGAGCUGCGGAGGGUGGAGCUGGAGAAGCAGCGAGCGCUGGAGCUCCAGCGUAGAGAAAAAGAGCUGAGAGACAAACUGCUGUCCAACCUCAUUAAGAAGAGCAACGAGGAAACCGCCGCAGUCGUACGGAAUCCGGCUGGCCUUCAGGAGGCCUCGGAUCCUCACUGCGGGGUGCUGGAAGUCCUGGGUCGAGUCAACGGUUUGGAGCCAGGAGAUGACAAAGACAAGAAAGUAUCCGAGUCUAGAUCAAAAAUUCUGUCCAAAAAUGACAAACGUGAAGAAAUGGUGAAAAACAGACACAACAAGGAGCAAACGAGAGGCCACUCCCGCAGAGAACGGAGCUCGCACAGUCGAAGGCGCUCUCAGAGUCACAAUCGGCGGAGGAGGAGCUCAAGGAGUCCCAGUCGCCACAGGAGGAGCAGGGGCAGGAGGCGCAGCAGCAGCAGCUCCAGCAGAGACCGGAGCUGGAGCAGCAGGGGGAGGAGCUACAGCAGAGGAAGGAUGUACAGCCGACACCGAAGCAGCAGCCAGCACAGAAAUCCCAGGAGCUACAGGAGCCACAGCCACCACAGCCGGAGACACCAAAGACGCAGCGGCAGCAGCAAGAGGAGCCACUCCAGGAGACGCUGAGCUACUCCCUGUAGCCGCUUCUAUCAUUUAUGUGUGGACUCUCAAACAAAAACAGAAGCUUUUAGUCUCUUAGGUCAGAAUUCAAAGACACCGUGCAUACAAAAUAAAAUGGAUGUUGCACUUUUACUAAGUCACUCAAUUGUUCUGUUAAUACUCAUCUAAUAGUCAGUAUUUUCAACCACAAACAAGUUUAUGUAAAAAUGUGAAUAAAGCAACAUUUCAGGACGGCAAACACCAUAAAAAAGUAUUUUUUUAAACAAAAACUCCACUCUAGACCUGUUAGGAAACUAUUUUACUGUCUGUGUUCAACUUAAAACAUCUGAAUUUAAGGAGAGAAUUACUUUACCUUUUUUAUUAACACUUUUACAGCUGUAGUGGUGUUUUUAGACCCAGCAUGACAUUUGACCACUUUAGGCUACAAAACUGAAGGGAAUGAAGAUUUCAAAAGGGAACGGCUCCAACGUCUGUUCAAUUUUUGUUUUUUUGUGACGUUUGCAGAAACUGUAAGCUCUCUUUUUCUAGAACCUGCUGUUGUAUGAAAGAUUAAGCUGUAAUUUAUGGACUGAAGAGACUUGAAAACACAAGUGUGCCCUUUUUUUCUGUUCAUACGUGAAAUAAGAACUAAAGUGAUUCAAAAUAAAAGUCUGCUGUUGAACACAGUCGGGUCAGAAUGUUGCUCCGUUUUCAGGUUUGCAGCUUAACAGAUUGUAAAGAUUGUUUUCUCACUACAAAGACUCAUCUGUUUUGCAGAAUACAAUCCUGUAAAGCAUGACUUGCAAUGCUGGUUAUGAAAAAUAAACGUUUUCAAAGU